GGUCGGAGCAUAAAGGGUGAAUCAAUCCUCUUAGCUGGGUAAUCUGUGCACCCAUCUGCUGUUGCAGUCAUCCACCUCUUCUACACCAACAUGCCACCUUCUUGUUUGUCCCUUCAGCCCAUCACACGAGCAGAUGAUGCUGUUGUCUCCUCGGGCAGAGAGAAACUGGGAGGCUCUAUGUUCUGUCCUUGAAGACGUCUUGGAGGACCAGUCUCACAGGCAGCUUUCUGCUUUAGAGCUCGGUUCUGGAACUGGACAGCAUGUCACACGGUUUGCACAGAAGAUCCCGUUUAUCACUUGGCAGCCAUCGGACAUUAAAGAGGAACACUGUGACAGCAUCAGAGCGUAUAUUGCUGCAACCCAGGUGAAAACUGUGCUGCAGCCCGUCCUCCUAGAUGCCAGUGACCCUUGGGAGAAAUGGGCAGGUCUCUCGCUAAACUCCUGUGAUCUUAUUGUUGCCAUUAACUUACUGCAGUACAGUUCCUUCAAAACAGCACAGGGUGUUUUCAGUGGAGCAGGUCAGAUCCUCAGACAAAAUGGCCUUCUGAUAACAUAUGGGGCAUUUGCCGUUAACGGCAUCAUCGCACCAAGUUGUAACGAACAUCUGGAUGAGGAGAUCCGAAAACUGAACCCAGAAUGGGGGCUGCCAGACAUCGAUGUGCUCAGACAGCUGGCCUAUGGGAAUGGGCUUCGUUUGGAGAGGAUGAUUGAGAUGGACGACUACCAUAAAAGCCUCAUCUUCAGGAAACUUUAAACAAUACGACUAGAAAUGUUUGAACACCAAACAUAAUUUUGGUGAAAAGUCAAUAAGAAGAGCAAUUAAGAAGAAGAAAAUAUCAUU